CUUCCUGUGCCAAGCUCUAGUUUUGGAAGUAGAGUCGUAGUCUAAAUAGAAAGAGAGAGCGAAAGAGAGAGAGAGAGAGAGAGAGAGAGAGAGAGAGAGAGAGAGAGAGAGAGAGAGAGAGAGAGAGCGCAGCAGCAGCGCAGGACUUCAGGAGGACACAUAAACUAAAUAAAAACUUUCUUGCCCACCGAAACGCUCGGAUCUAACUUUCUAACCACGGAUUCGAAGGUGGAGAGCGCUUUUUCUCUGGCCUUGCAUUUCUUGAAAAAAGAAAUGGAAGAGAGUUCAAGUUCUCCCGUCUCCCCAGUGGAUAGCCUGGUGACCAGCGAGGAGGAGUUGGACAGACAACACAAAAGGUUCGGGAGGAAAAGGAGAAACAGUAAAAAGUCGAGCGAGGAUAGCAGCAGCAGCCCGAGUUCCGUGAAUAAACGGAGCAAAAAGCCGAGCCCGAGCAGCACGCAGUCGUACGAGGAGCUGCAGAACCAGAGGGUGCUGGCCAACGUCCGGGAGAGGCAACGGACACAGUCGCUGAAUGAAGCCUUCGCGUCUUUGCGCAAAAUCAUCCCCACGCUUCCCUCGGAUAAGCUCAGCAAGAUACAGACGCUCAAGCUCGCCUCCAGGUACAUUGACUUCCUCUGUCAGGUGCUGCAGAGCGACGAGAUGGACAACAAGAUGUCGAGCUGCAGCUACGUCGCGCACGAAAGACUCAGUUACGCGUUUUCGGUGUGGAGGAUGGAGGGCGCGUGGUCGAUGUCUGCCUCCCACUAGCAGCGAGAGACGUGCAUACGAUGCCGAACGGACUGUUUACUUCCACUAAUUUUGAAGACACCAAAGGAUUUAUUAACUAACCUCUAAACCUCAAUGGCGUGGCCAAAGGACAUUCAGUGAAUACACCUACAGACUUGGGCAUCCCCAACAGCAUAAUGAAGGACAAAAUAAAAGGAACCAUUUAGAAACAAAGUAGAUGACAUCUCCUGUGUCAACAAAUAGGCCUACAUUUAAUCUUUUUCAAAAGUUAUUCUUAUAUGUCUCCAUCCAUGGUGAUAGUACAGGAAGGCGUCUGUUAUCUUAUGGAAACUAUAUUGUGUGUUUGACUCUAAAACAGAAGAGUUUUAUAUAUAUAUAUAUAUAUAUAUAUAUAUAUAUAUAUAUAUAUAUA